AAAUUUGCAUUUAUUUAAAAAAAAAAUGGAUGGCGACAGAUGUCGGGAACAUUGCUUAUGAAAGAGACAGAUACAAUGGAAGCAAAGCAAAGUGCUGGAAGGAGUUGAGAUGUAUUAUUUAAGUGUACGGAUUCUCCACUACCAAAUGCCCAACAAUUUUCGACCUUUGUCAUCGAUGGAUUGAUGAUGAUGGCCAUGCCGGAUUCUGCUUGGGAGCUUCCCCUUGAUUUGACGGCCGAAAUCCUGUCGAGGCUCCCCGUCAGGACCCUCGUCCGCUUCGAGUCCGUCUGCAACUCAUGGCGCCGCUUAAUCCAGUCCCCGAGCUUCAUCUCCCUUCACCUCAACCGAUCAGCCAAUCUCGGCGACGGCGCUCGGUCUCUCCUCGUCAAGCAUCGCUCUCCCGCCACGGAUAAGCGCCUCAUCUCGCUGCUCUCCGGCGACAGCCUUGAGAUGGUUUCCCCUGUCGAUAUCCCUCGUCACAUGUACUCGCCCAACUUGAAGGUCGUCGGGUCCUGCAACGGCCUCGUCUGCUUGUCUCACGACUGCUUCUGCAAUUUCGGGGCGCCCAUAUUCCUUUGGAACCCUGCCACUCGAGAAUCCCGGGCUCUGCCGAAAUUCGCCAUUUCCCCGGAAAAUCUGCGUCUGCCAAAAGCCCGUUUUCAUGUUGCUCAUGGAUUCGGGUACCAUCACGCUAUAGAUGACUACAAGGUGGUGAGAAUCGCAUUCGAGUAUUCCCGGAACAUGGCUUGCUUCCGAGCGGAGUUGUUCGCUCUCAGUGAAGGUUUGUGGCGGGAAGUACCUGCUUUACCUUGCCGAGUUUAUUCCCCGGGUUGUGUCGUUUUGAAUGGAGUCCUAUACUGGCUUGCUUAUGACUGUGGCUCGGAUGGUCUCAUGCUCAUCUUGUCAUUUGAUUUGCGGGAUGAGGUUUUCCGUCGAGUUUACUUGCCUGAUUUGGGUUAUCGGCCGGAUAGCUAUUUCUUGAGGCUCACAGUGUAUGAGCGGUCGCUCUGUUUGAUGGCCUACAAAGACGGAGGACGGGCUCAACGCUGGGAUUUGUGGGUGAUGUAUGGUGGAGCUGGGGAGGAAUCUUGGACGAAAAGAUCGAGUAUCGGACCCAUCAUUCAUAGGCCGUUAGCUUGUGGCGCGAAUGGUGAGAUUUUGGUGGCAAAGAGUGAUGGGACCCUGGCUAUUUAUGAAGCAAGCAGCGAGACAUUUGGAUAUCUACCCAUUAAGGUGUCCCCGUAUAGCCCGGAUUUCCAUUUUUAUAUCGAAAGUCUAGUUCCUGCCACAAGAUAAGGUUCAGAAGCUGCUGUCGUCUUACCGACAGAGUUGAGAUGGUGUCCGCAGCAGGCGAUGGUCAAGCUCUUUGGUUCGUUAGGAGAUGAGAUCACUUUCACCGCGCUGCAUACUCUCCGUGACUAUCCUAAAUGGCCUCUGCAGUUUAAUGUUCCAAAAAUGUUAAGAGUGCUAAGAAUAUAACAGAUGCUUCCGAAGAUUUUCUGAACUUUUGCCUCGUUUUUCUCAUCUUUUACGAGUCCGAACACUUAUGUCGAUGUUUUACUUGUCCCGACAUCCUCGGUCCUUCUAUCAAUAUAUACUCAUGUUUCCUGCA